ACCAACUCAACCUCAAGUACUUAUCCAUCGAAUUAUCACCUCCAUGUCCAACCAUCCCAUUGUUCAGCCCGUCCAAAGUCUGCACCCGGCGGUGCACAACCGCAGGGAGCUCCGCGAUCUUCAGUCAGACCAUCGUCAAUUCUCCCUGUAUAUUCUCUCCCUUCGAGAACUGAUGAAGGAACAUUUCAACGUGAACGACUUCUCGUACCCCAGCAUCGCGGGUAUCCAUGGCCAGCCGUACGUGGAAUGGGGCUCCUCCGGUCCAGAGACCAGCGACACCCAGUUUGGUGGCUACUGCACGCACGGUUCGGUGCUCUUCCCCACAUGGCACCGUGUAUACACUCUAUUGUUCGAACAAGCACUUUUUGCCAAGGCGAACGAGAUCGCGAAGCAGUAUCCCACGGAGAGGGACGAGUGGAGCAAGGCUGCCGAUGCUCUGCGCUCGCCUUACUGGGAUUGGGCUCAUGCAGGCCCUGGCAAGCCCCAGGUUCCUUCAGUGCUUGUGACGCCGUCCAUCUCUAUCACGACGCCCGAGGGUGUCAAGGAAGUCGACAACCCGCUCUAUACGUACAAGUUCUUGGAUGUCUCAGUAACCAAUUCUUUCGGAGACCCUUGGCAUAACUGGAAGACUACACUCCGUUAUCCCACCAACGAGAACCCUGAUGCCAAGAGUAACAUGGCUGGGUUCAACGACUGGUUCGUCGAUGACGUCAAACAUCUACGCAACGAGGUGUACAUGUGCCUUACGCGCAAUCCCAGAUGGGAGACGUUUAGUAACCAUUCUGCCACCGACGAGCCAGUAGGCGUCAACAGCUUGGAAACAAUUCACGACCAAGUGCACGAAGGUAUUGGCGGUUCCGAGACUGAGGGGCAUAUGGCUAUCAUUCCAGUGGCCGCGUUCGAUGCCAGUUUCUUCUUGCACCACACGAAUGUCGACCGUCUGUUGUCUCUAUGGCAGGCCUUGCAUCCGGACUUGUGGGUCAUCCCGGGGCCGCAGCCUAAUGGAACAUUCACCAUCGCAGAUGGCGCCACUGUCAAUGUCGACUCCGACCUCACUCCCUUCUGGAACACUCAGUCUACGUACUGGAAGUCGACCGAAGUGAAGAGCACCGAUGAUCUUCUUUACACGUACCCCGAGUUCAACGGCCUGGAGAAGAGCUCCCCCCAACAGGUCAAGGAGGCCAUCAUGGAGAAAGUCGAUGCACUGUAUGGACAUCAUCUCUUCGUCCCGAAACCGAAGCCAAUGCCAUCCGGCCGCACUCCCCGUACAUGGAACCUUCACAUUCGGUUCAAGAAGUACGAGUUCGGAUCCAGCUUCGGCAUUGACGUGCUCUUUGAUGGACAGCGUGUGGCGUCUGUCGCUUCGUUCGCUAGUCGUCGCAACACGCCUUGCGCGAACUGCCAGAACAACAUCAAUCUGGAGCUCGACAGUUUCGUGCACCUCACGGAGCUUUUCUACGAGAAGGAGCCCUCGCUUCAUUCCCUGGAUUUGGAGCACGUUCGACCACUCUUGGAGAGAAUCACGUUCGUCAUGCGGGGCCGCAAGGAGGACGGAUCUCCGGCAGACAUUGACCAUGAUCUUCCCUCUUUGAAGGUAUUGCCCUACUCUCAGGAUAUCAUCGAUCCGGAUUCGUCGUUCCCCCGCCUCGGGAACGUUGUGCACUAUCCUGGAGUCCUGAGGGGACGGCUCGGGCAGCUUCCGUACUCCGAAUGGGCCCUUCCCAGUGAAGGAACGGCCUAAGAAGCUUCGCCGCACAUCGGCAAGGCACACACGUCCUGGAAUGAUGCUGGGACUGAGGAUAACACUUGUGCCAAUAUUUCUGUACGAUAGUGUGUGUGUGUGUGUAUAAUGUAUCAACGACAAAGUCUAUGAAGUUUCUCCAUGCUACCUGACAGCCCAUGAUCUUUACUCGCUCCGCUCCGCACUACACGCGCAUGUAUUAUCCGGCAUAGGGCAAAGCCCUCAAGCGGAUACAAAACUGGAUUUAUAAAUUU